GGCCGGCAGCCUGUACGCUCGCACUGAAUCUCAGCCUCGGUGAAUUCGGGCUUUCUCCUGGAGAUCGAAUUUCAAGCAACGCUUCGUUCUCCCUCCUUUUUCGCUGCUCUCGGACUGCACGUUACGACGCUGCGCCUUCCAUCCUCAGAGCACCACUUUGCCUGGAAGUUUGUCCGGGCUCCGCCGGAAUCUGAAGGAAGUGAUAUCAGUAACAAGACGACAUAAUUGGAGAGUGGACAAAAAGACGAGGAAUUCAAACACAACGAGUGGCUCAAAGACAACAGCCAAGCUAAAUCUGCCCGGCCUCAUGACUAUGCCCCGGAGCCCCACUUCCAGUGAGGAUGAGAUGGCCCAGAGCUUUUCUGAUUACUCCGACGACUGUGCCUCUGAAAGCUCCCGUGAAGAAACCAUUUAUGAAACUAUAAGGGCCACCGCCGAGCCGUCGCCGCAUCGCAUGGACGACAUUCACAUCAACUCGCUGGUCAUCCGUGUCAUCAUCCCCGACCUGCAGCAGACGAAAUGCAUGCGGUUCAACCCCAAUGCGACAGUCUGGGUUGCCAAGCAGCGGAUCCUGUGUACACUCAAUCAGAGUCUGAAAGAUGUGCUCAACUACGGGCUUUUCCAGCCUGCCAACAGUGGGAGGGACGGGAAGUUCCUGGAUGAAGAACGCAUCCUCCGGGAGUACCCUCAGCCAAUCAGCAAAGGUGUCCCGUGUUUGGAGUUUCGCUACAAGAGCAGAGUAUACCGGCAGCCGAACCUGGAUGAGAAACAGAUUGCCAAACUUCACACAAAGGGAAAUCUGAGGAAGUUCAUGGACCUCAUACACCAUAACCAGGUGGACAAAGUGUCGAAGUUGUUGGAGAGAGGCCUUGAUCCCAACUACCAUGACAGUGACAGUGGUGAGAGCCCUUUGACGUUUGCAGCACAUCUGGAUAAUGUGGUGGAGAUGAUCAAGGUUUUAAAGAAUGGAGGAGCUCACUUGGACUUCAGAGCCAAAGACGGUAUGACUGCCCUUCAUAAAGCUGCACGCUCCAAGAACCAUGCUAUACUCACGACACUGCUGGAGUUGGGAGCGUCUCCAGACUACAAGGACAGCCGUGGUCUGACUCCUCUGUAUCACAGCGUGGUUGUGGGGGGAGACCCGGGUUGCUGUGAGCUCCUAUUGAAGCAUCACGCCUCAGUGUGCUGCCAGGAUGAGAACGGCUGGCACGAAAUUCACCAGGCUUGCCGACAUGGACAUGUGCAGCACCUGGAGCAUCUUAUGUUCUAUGGAGCAGACAUGAGUGCUCAGAAUGCCUCAGGAAACUCUGCGUUACACAUCUGUGCACUAUACAACCAGGAUAACUGUGCUCGGGUGCUGCUCGUCCGUGGAGCUGAUAAAGAAGUGAGGAACUACAACAGCCAGAGUCCUUUUCAGGUUGCUAUUAUAGCUGGAAACUUUGAACUUGCUGAACUGAUCAAGAACCACAAAGAGACUGAUAUCGUGCCUUUCCGCGAGGCUCCAUCGUACUCCAAACGACACAGAGGUCCGUCAUCUGGCAACAACAGUGGGAACAGCCAGACCCCCACGUCGCUAUCAGCUCCACGGGUCUUGCUGCGCUCCAAUAGUGACAACAACCUAACAGUCAGUCAGUACCAGCAGCACGGUUCACCUGGCAACUGGGGACCUCAUCUUCAGCAACACCCAAACAGGACCCCCCAGCAGGGUCACUCGCAGCCUGGCUCCUCAGCAUUGCAUCGCAGCCUGUCACCCCAGCUGCUUCAGCAGAUGCCCAGCGGCAGCCCCAAUGGCAACGUGGUGGUUCGAACCAUGGGACGGGGGGCAAGGAGCCGGUCACCCUCCCUCAGCCGGCUGGGGGAGGAGGCCCGACGGGCAGUACCCUCACAGCGUCAACCCAGUCCCGGCAAUCAUGGAGAGGCAGUCGGCAGCAGAAGGAAGCUGUACAGCGCCGUCCCGGGGAGACACUUUGUGGUGGCUCGUCCUUACACGGCCCAGGCUGAAGGAGAGAUCAGCCUCUACAAGAAUGAUCGAGUCAAAGUUCUGAGCAUUGGAGAAGGGGGCUUCUGGGAGGGUAGCACCCACGGCCAGAUGGGCUGGUUUCCAGCCGACUGUGUGGAGGAGAUCCCCGCCAAGGCCACCGAGGAGAGGAGCUAUUCCCGUGCGGACCGUGCUGACAGAAGGAAGCUGUUCCGACACUACACUGUGGGUUCCUACGACAGCUUUGACGCCUCAAGUGACUGCGUGGUGGACGAGAAGACGGUGGUGCUCCAGAAAAAAGAGAAUGAAGGAUUCGGCUUCGUUCUGCGAGGGGCAAAAGCGGAUACGCCCAUUGAGGAGUUUACUCCGACCCCGGCCUUCCCGGCACUGCAGUAUCUGGAGUCGGUGGAUGAAGGAGGAGUGGCAUGGCAGGCGGGGCUCAGGACAGGGGACUUCCUCAUCGAGGUCAAUCAAGAGAAUGUGGUGAAGGUGGGCCACAGGCAGGUGGUCAACAUGAUCCGCCAGGGAGGGAACCGCCUCCUGAUCAAGGUGGUGACAGUCAGCCGGAAUCUGGACCCUGAAGACACGGCACGCAAAAAAGCUCCACCGCCGCCAAAGAGAGCCCCCACGACUGCCCUGUCCAUGCGCUCCAAGUCAAUGACGUCGGAAUUAGAGGAACUAGUGGAUAAAGCCACUCUAAGGAAAAAGAAAGGUGAUGCGCAAAAGAAGAGGAUUGUUUUCCGAGUGACUCUAAACAAAGUUGAAGAGAUGACACAUGCCCAGAAGUCAUCGCCAGUUGAUACCAAGAUUGCCACGAUAAAGCCACGCCCAUCCAGCCGCUGCUUGGUCACGGCCACUGAUCUGAAUUCCAUGUACCAUGACCGGCAGGGAGUAGCAGUGGUGCCACCCACAGUACCAGGAGCCUUCCUAGGCUUACCAGAAAAGGCCAGUCUGAGGAAGCAAAAGUCCAUAGGUACAACAGAGGAGGAGAAACAGGGAUUCCUUACACCUCCUCUGCUCAAGUUCUCCCGCAGCCUCUCUAUGCCUGAUACUUCAGAGGACAUCCCUCCUCCCCCAGCCAUUUCACCCCCCUCGCCACCUGGCUACAACUCACCUGCUGCUUCAGCACCGAAGAGUUAUGGUACCACAAGACCCACCUUCACCCAAAACUCACCAAACGCUGUGACGACCAUUAGUAGAACCACAGAUGUUGGUACAUUGAGGCGGGGCUAUUUCAGACAGAGUUCAGAGCAUUUUGAGAGCACACGCACUCGAGGGCGUACCCCAGUGCCCGAAAACCCUUACUCCGAGGUAGGAAAUAAGAAUUUGUAUGUGCCAGCGAAACCAGCCCGAAGGAAGGGCAUGCUAGUAAAACAGUCAAAUGUUGAGGACAGUCCAGAAAAAACCUGCCAUAUGCCAGCAAGCCCCUCGGGCGCUGUUUCCAUGCCAACUACACCUGUUGAGCGAACAUGCUCUUCCAUCCCCAUUCCCACCAUCAUCGUCAAGGAACCCUCCACCAGCAGCAGUGGCAAGAGCAGCCAGGGUAGCAGUAUGGAGAUUGAGCCCACAACGCCAGAACACCCAUCUCUCAUGCCUACCGUUGGUGGAAGUGGAGGUCUGCGUCCUGAAGACCCACUCUCUCUCAGCAACCCAUUUGCGGCAGCUAUUGCUGGGGCAGUACGGGACCGGGAAAAAAGGCUUGAAGCAAAAAAGAACUCUAUUGCCUUCCAGUCAAUAGAUAUGGCGGAUGAUGACUUAAGCGGCCCUACACCAACCCCUCGUCUUCGCCAGUCAAAGUCCAUUGAUGAGGGCAUGUUUAGCAGUGAUGAACGACUUCGAAGGAUGAUGGCCCCCCCAGUGCACCUGGGACCUCCUGUUGGGGGAGGCAGUGGUAACAUGACAGAUUUUAACACUCCAGAGCCCACAGUUGUUCGGGAGCCUCUAAACACUAGAACAGGCCAGUGUCUCAACUUGGACAGUCCUGUUAGUCUCCCAGCCACUUCCCCAAAGAGCCACUACAGGGCCAAUGGGACCUACCUUCAUCCUGUCACUGGUAAACCCUUGGACCCUAAUUCUCCCCUUGCAUUGGCCCUCGCAGCUCGUGACCGAGCUAUGAAGGAGCAACAAAACCAUCAUCAAAAUCAGCAGAAUCCUCCUCAGGUUCAACAAACUCCCAAACAUGAAGCUCAGUCCCUACCCCUACAGCCAAGCCACAAACCAGACCUCAACCAGCCGCUCUUUAUUGAUACCAAGUUGCGGUCUGGGAUUGAGACAAGUUUUGCUGCAAUCUCAUCAUCAACCAUGGGCCGUCCAGGGCGAGGUGGCUUGCGGAGGCAGUUGACCGAACAGAAAUACGAGUCAGAUGUGGCACGGGAAGAGCGAAAGCAUCAGGGAGUUGAGGAGAGGAAAAGUGCGCCACCAGAUGUGUCUGACACACCUAAGUCAGCUGGGCUGUUGAUGGUUCACACCAGCACAGAAGCAAGCAACAAGGUCAACAACCAAGAGUUGGAAGGACAAGACAGCAACAGGCCAUCUGAGUUGAAAGACCCCAAUCAACCCGAUCCUCGCAGUGUCCAAGCAUUGUCUGUGAAUCCCCAGCCCACCUCGGCACGAAGACGGAGCAUUCCUUUAGGUGAAUCCAUUGACGAACCUGUGAAGCUGCCCUUUCGUAUCCCUCCACCCCCUCUGGCGUCAGUUGACAUUGAUGAGGAGUUUGACUUCACAGACCCUCUUCCACCUCCUCUAGAGUUUGCAAACAGCAUUGACAUUCCAGAUGACCAGGCUAGUGCCAUUGCAGAGAUGAUUCAGCAACAGAGAAGGAACGGGGGGCUACCGCCAUACAAUGCCCAUGCACCCCCACCUGUUUCUGAUCAACACAAACGGGUGACAAACAGUAUGCCCCCUUCAUAUCCACCACCCCCACCGGACCCAGAAUCAGGGGUUGGUGAUUCUGGUAUUGAAGAGGUAGACAGUCGCAGCAGUGGAGACCCUCAGCACAUGGAGACAACCAGCACGGUGUCUAGCAUCUCUACCCUGUCAUCAGAGGGAGGCUUCUGUGACAGUGCCUUAGAGACUUUUCAUGCCACUGCAGAUGGUCAUUCCUUCCUGGUGGAUAGGCCUCCUGUGCCACCCAAACCCAAAGGCAAAUCUGUCAUCAACAGAACAUCGCUUUAUCAUGAUGCCCUAAUUGAAGAACCCCCGGAAUCUUAUGGGUCACCUCCUCAGGCUACCCCUGCUCCUCCUUCAUCGUCUGAAGCUCCUAGGACAUCAAAGCUAUGGGGUGAUCAACACCCUGAGCUUCACAGCCCUCCGUCUACACCAGACACCAAGAACACAGUUAUCACGGAGUUGAGCUCCAUUCUGCAACACAUGAAUCGCGAUAGGCCGCCCAAGUCAGGAGAAAGCCUUGAUUCCCCCACACGAAACAGAGGGACUUUUGGAACAAGGCCCCCAACCGAAGACUCAGGAAUGCGUAGCAACGCCGCUGCUGCUGCCCUCACCUCCACGCCUCCGAGCAGCCUUCCUUCUCAGACACAUCCCUGCAGCCCUCCAGACUCCGCCUCCUCCCUCACCCCCUGCUCGUCACUGCCACCCUCGGUGUCGCCCACCCUCACGGACGUCUUCGGUCUACCCACCCCACCCAUGGGCAGCGGCGGCGGAUACAGCCUGAGCUCCUCGUGCGGCGGGAGCGGGAGCUCGCGUUCGCCGUCGCCGCUGACUCUCAUGCAGGCGGUGGCGGCGUCGGGGAAGCCCUUCGCCUCCAAGCCCAUGGAACUGUGGAACAAGUACGACGUGGCCGACUGGCUGGAGAGCCUCAACCUGGGAGAGCACAGAGAUGCUUUCCUGGACAAUGAGAUUGAGGGCGCCCACCUGCCCUCCUUGCAGAAAGAGGACCUGAUAGACCUGGGUGUCACCAGGGUGGGGCACCGCAUGAACAUCGAGAGGGCCCUCAAGCUGCUGCAGGACAGAUAAGCCCAGAGGAAGAGGGCGCGGGCAGGUCACACUCGGAGCACAGGGCCCAGGAGAGGGAGGUCUUCUUUUUACCCAACUCUUCAUCAGCUCACGUUGUGGAAGUUUGUCCAAUUUGAUGCUGCCUUUUGCUUUUUUUUUUUUUUUUUUUUAAAUUUCUCCUCCAUCUCAGCACUGCCGUCCAGUCUGCCUCCCUCCUGCGGGGAUGUGGGGAAGAGAGGAAGCUCUGUCUGGAAUAUUGUGUGGAAAUCAUGAGUUCCACAUGAAGACUGGAGCUCAUCCAGCUACAGUUUUGGAAUACUAAAGACCUUUUCCAUGUGGCCCAUGCGUGGGUGCAUGAAAACCAGCUGAGCUGGUCUUUGUUCCUUUUCUAUCUUUGCUAGAAUUUGUUCAGAGAAUAAUAUUUCUUCACUAGAGUCCUACCGGAGUUAUAUUUCUGGGUGCAUCUAAGGUGGUAGAAACACUUUUGCUUUUUAACAAUGAGAACGUUUCGCUGACAUGUCGGAAAGCAACAAGCACACACACUCAAUGCACACGAAUGGACCAGUAAGGUGCCGCGGUUUUCGCAGGCGUACACACACUAAGCAUGAAUACACACACACACACACAGUUACUGAGUUGGCCAUGGAGGUAGUAAUCAGAGGAUGCCAUUGGCCACCGUCCACAAGCUUCAAGACGGCCAACCAAACAUUGGAGCAGGUCACCUUGAUAAAGUCAUAUCAGAUUGUCUACUGCACAGGGCACCUUGUCAUAGCUUGCUGUUUCCUUCAAAUUGUGUGUGUGCGUGUGUGUGUGUGUGUGUGUGUGUGUGUGUGUGUGGGUGUGUGUUGGGAGGCCUCCCUACAGAGAAACUAGAGCAUCACCUUUUUCUUUUGUAACACAAAUCUCCCUCCACUCGGACAUCAGCAGGUCAAACAGUGCAUGUCCCAACUGUACUGACCACCCCCCCGACUCAAAGUUGAGCUCAUUAUUUGAAAAAUACGACUUUAACUAACAUUUUGAGUAGGGUUGGGCGAUAAUUUUUAAUUCCCGGUAUACUGUUAUGAAUUCUUCCAAUGAUAAGAAAAUGACUUAUAUCGGUAUAAAUGAUAAACGGAAGAAAGCCGAGCUGAGGACGUGUUUCUCCUGAGACGGCACGGGCGGCGCACUGUAUUGGCGCCUCACGUGUGCCGCAGCACGUAGGGCCUGUCACCGGAACGCAAUCGGUUCAACUGGGUUCUACGCAUGUGCAGAACGCACAUGUCUACAUCCGGUCGGCCUAUUUUUCGGCAGUCACAUGUGUAUGGCAUGUGUAAUCCACGCCACCCGUCGACCUAUUUUACGGCAGCAGGUAAUAAACGUCUCCCCACCACACCCACAAACGUUAUUAAGAUUCAUAGAAAUUUGAGAAAUAAUCAUCAAUCUUUUUUUUCUUAUAUCAUAUCCAUGGUGGAAGUGGACAAUUUAUAAGCCCUCUUUUCUUUGUUUCAUGAAUAAUUUUACUUUUUUUUUCGCCUUGGUGUCUUGGUGGAUGUCAUAAGACGAUAGAAACUUCCCCAUGCUAACCAAGUAUUUUAACAAGAGUCACUUCUAAAAUAACCUUCUAAUAUAUUACAUACAGUAUAUGAAGUAUGGUUAUUAUUUAUGUUCACACAUUUAAAAAAUAAUAACUACCACAGCACGUGACAUCGCAGAAGCGCUGUGGUAAAAAUGAGGUAAAGGUGAACGUGGCGUUGUCGCAUGCGCGGGGCCGAUUGCGUUCCUGGUACGUAUUGCGCAGUGACAGGGUCCUACGGCCAUUGGGAUUAAUUCGGCGGACUGCUCAAUCAUGGUGGCAUCAUUACAAACACUAAGCCGCCUCCUCCCGAACUAAACAUGUUGAAAUGGCGAUAAACACCAGUAAAAGUUGGCGGAACCUCCUCUUACGGAGCGUGAAUGGAAGCUAGCGGGGUUAGCUUAGUUUAGCGUGCUACUGCGGUUGUGUGUGUGCGACUCAGGCUGAAGCACGUUUAUUCUUGCACCCAGCUCGUCUUACAGACAUUCUCAACACACACAGAACACAUUUCCGGCCUUCAAAAUAAGAGCGCCAUUUGCCCAAUGUUGUCUUACUGUGUAAACAAAAUAAGCAUGUCAUAAACAAAUAUCUUCCAUAUGCAGUUAGAAUUGCAUCUUCCUUAAUCACAAGCACGGGCGUUACAGCUUGUUGAAGGUUUUGCAGCAAUGUGUGCAGAGGCUGACAUCCCGUUAGGAAAGUUAGCCAGGCUACAUCCAUUUCUGAAUUACUGGGAAAAAUUGUCCAUUGAUGUAUUGCAUCAAUAAAUAUAAGGAUUUUUGCAUUUAAUUAACAGACAUUUUAUUCACUAACCCAUAAAGCACACAUCCUAUGCUGGUAAAAGUAAGUGUAAAAUGUAAAAAAUGGAAUCCUAAAAAACUAAAACUGAAAAAACGUAAUUUGGAAAAAUAUAAAACGGAUUUCUAGGGCCCUAAGCAUGGGCCAGCGGUGGCGGGGAAAGGCAGAGCAGAUACAGCAAAAUAGAGAAAAUGAGCAUGGCUGAAAGUGGAGCAGAAGCGGAGACUAUAGACGAAGACGAAGAAUCCUUGCUAAACAGGGAGGUCCCUCUGUAAUCUGGAAGUGGUUUGGUUUCAUUAGAGCAGAAGUGGAGCAAGAGACCAUAAUAUGGAAAGUUUGCAAAGCAACGGUGAUGGCAAAAUGUGGGAACGUGACAGAUUUGUUCAACCAUCCCAAGCGCAAACACAGACUUGAGUACGCAGAGUGUGUCAAGAAGCGUGAGACAGAGUCAGCAAGCGCGUCUACACUUACCCAAAAAUGUUUGGUAGACACUAAAUGCACUUGGUGUAUUGCGCAGUUUGUUACCAAUAAAUGUGCUUCACAAUGUCAGACAAGUGGAUUUAAUUAUACGGGUUAAGGUUUGUAGCUUUUUAUGCAAGACUCCGCUGAAUUUAAUUAUAUCGUCAUAUCAUGAUACAUCCCAAAAAUAUCGUGAUACAUGCUAAGGUCCAUAUCGCCCAACCCUAAUUGUGACUGAUCUGCUGAGGGCCGGAAGAGGACAUGCUUGCGAAAGAGAAAGCAAAAGAGUUGUACCGCGUCUAAAUAGAACAUGACUCCACCCCAUACAGUCAUGCCUGUGAGUGUUCUCAUUCGUCAGGUCAUUGGAUUCUCAGGCCGUUGAAUCAACGACAACUGGACUGUUUUGGAUGUUGGGCCUCUCAUCCGAGCAGGCUUCAUCAGUUCAUGCUCAAAGACUAGAUAGGACGGCUCUAGUCUGAGGGGAUGGUGCGUGUAGGAUCCAAGGUAUUUAUCCUGGAAGGCAGAGGCACACCCCAACCAAGAAUGGUUUUACUCUUCUGUGGUGCAAAACGACAGUCGUUAAGAUGCAGUGGAGGGAGGCGUCUGCCUCCCAACGACAGUCGUUUGGGUGGAAUCACCCGCGUUAGUACAUUAUGCCAUGUUUAUGGCGGUUAACUGGUUCCACACCUGAGUGUGAUAAGUGAAUUUCCGCGAAGUAGGGUCCCUUGUUUAUAAAUGGAAUACAUUCGCAGUUAGAGCAUAGAAAACCUGUUUACAAAAAACUGUUUACAGUUUUUAACAUUGUUAGCUGUGUAGACAUGAAAUAACACCCCGUAGUCACUUUUACACUCCUAUUACCCAAUAUAGUAGACAUAAUAAAAGAAAAUAAGACAUACAUAAGAUUCGUAUUCGUGUGUGUAAUUGUGUGCCGGUGACGUGGACAGGAAGUGACGUCAGGGGUCAGAGUUGAGUUUUAGUUCGGCAUGGGUUACAACCGCAACAGUAGCCCGUGUUAGGGAAGUUGCCUGUUGUGAGAUCAUUCAAACCCGCAAUAAAAGCCUGUUGUUCAGGCAAUCAAGUCUGGUGCUUGUGUGUCUCACCCAACAUAACGGUAACAUUACUGACACCUAGUGACCAGUUUAGAAUAUUACAUAUCACCACAACGUAUUUGAAUCUGUCUUCUGAAUGCCUUAUUUUUUUUAUUUUACUUAAUUUAGCCUUUUUUAUGCUUGAAAAUGCUUAAUUUAGGUAAAAAUACGUACAAUUUCCGCUUUGACAAAUAAUAGGCCGUAUUCAACCACGAAACUGCAUGGUUUAUUAAUAUAUUGUUGAAUAACCGUGAUAGAGUGAAGGGAUGAAAUGACAACAUUGUAUAUCGGGGAGAGGGGGAGGUCUACGACACCACCUCUGCCAAGCGACUGUGGUUGGCUGGCAGAGGUGAAAUACUUUGGAAGUCUUAGGCUGUCCUAUGUAGUCUUUUAGCAUGACCCGAUUAAGUCCGCUUGAAUGUGAGAACUUCUAAGGCAACCUGAAAAGUCCAGAAAAGUCCUGAAAAGUCUGGAGUGUGAUUUUGCUGAUAGAGACAACCACAAUGGACUUCAUUUUCUUCUGCCGCCAGCGUGCUCUGUAACUAAUUCUCGAGCUAGUCUCGUGUUUAGGUGCUAGCCUAACCAGGUCAUUGAAAGGUCAAGAAGUAAACUACCCCCCUCCCCCAUUUAAUCAAAUAGUCACCGAGCUAAUUCUGCAGAGCCAUGCGGCACCAGAAGUCGCAUUAAUGGUAAGAAGCAAUUUAUGUUGUUAGUUAGCUUCAGUAUAACAACGUUAUUAAAAAGAAUACAUUCAGAGACUUAUUAUAUUCUUUGCCUUGCUUAAAAAUACACACAUUUGGUUGUUUUCAAUGUUAAAAAAAAUCUUAUGUGGCUCUCACGGAAAUACAUUUUAAAAUAUGUGGUUUUAAAGGCUCGCUUAGCUAAAAAGCUAACAGCUGUUCUCACUAGAUGGGGGUGUCCAAAGUGUGGCCCGGGGGCCAUAUGCAGCUCACGGCUGUUUUUUUAUUAGCAUGCAGCACAUUCUAAAAUUUAACAUGAAAAAUGAAAAUAAAACAACAGCAAAAAUUUAAAAAGUAACUUUACAAGAAUAAAGUUAAAAUAUUAAGAGGAAAAAGAAUAACGUAAUAUCAUCAGGAAAAAUAACAUCAUUUUAGUAGCAGUAAGUAGUCGUAACGUUGAAUGAAGUUAGAAUUUUCGGAAAAUUAGGUUGUGGAAAAAGUUAUGUUACGAGAAUAAAGUUAAAAUAUUAUGAGAAUAAAAUCAUAAUUAUGAGAAUAAAAUUAAAACAAAUGUAAAAGUCUGCAGUAAUUUUACAAGAAUAAAGUUAAAAUAUUAAGAGGUAAAAGUCUUAAUUUCACGACAAUAAUGUAAUAUUAUCAGGAAAAAUAGCAUCAUUUUAGUAGCAUUUUUUCGUCGUAAUAUUGAAUGAAGUUAGAAUUAGAACAAACGAGAAUAAAGUUACAAUAUUAUGAGAAUAAAGUCAUAAUUACGAGAAGAAAAUUUACAAGAACAAAGUAGAAAUAGUUGGAGAAUAAAGUUAAAACAGAAAAGUUAAAAGACAAAAAAGUCGUAAUCUAACGAAUAUUAUUAUUGACAAGGAAAGUGUUUAAAUAGUUGGAAAAUUAAAAAAAAAAACAGCAGAAAUGGAAACACAACUGUAAUUGUAAAAGAAUAAAGUCAAAAUGUUGCAAUUUUAAAAGAAUAAACUUGUAAUAUCAGGAAAAAUAAUUUGAUCAUUUUGUUUUAUCAAGUCAUUUUAGUAGCGUAGAGUUAAGAUAUUAAAAGAAAAAACAAUUUUGAAGUGGUAAUAUGAAAAACAAACAAAACUAAAUAAAGUUGUCAUUUAUGGAAAAUUAGGUUAUGAAAAAAGUUAUAAUGUUACAAAAAUAACGUCCAAAUAUUACGGGAAUAAAGUCAUAAUUACGAGAAGAAAAUGUACAAGAAGAAAGUUGACACAGUUGGAGAAUAAAGUUACAAAAGAAAAAUGAAAAGAGAAAAAAGUUGUAAUCUAACAAAUAUAAAAGAAGUCUGAAUUUAAUGACAAACAAACAAAAAUAAGUUGUAAUUUAUGGAAAAUUAGGUUUCAAAAAGUUAUAAUGAUGCAAAUAAAGUUGAAAUAUGAUAGGAGCAAAGUCGUAAUAUUCCAAAAGAAAAUAUAUGAAGAUUAUUUUAGAAGAAAGUUGAAAUAUAAGAACAAAGACUGAAGUUGCAUUUUCUACCUACGGUUUGUCACAAAGCUGAGAUGCACUUUUGCUUGAAAUAUCCAGUAUGUAUAACAUAAACUGGAUAUAACAUAUACACUGUAUCACUUGUUAGCAUGUCUACAUGUGUUGCUUUACAAAACAUCAAAGUGGCCCUUGCAUCCUUUCAUUUUUCACUAUGUGGCCCUCGCUGGAAAAAGUUUGGACACCCCUGCAACCCUUUUUAGAGUCUACACAGUGUAAAACCAGGAGCUUGGCGUAGUUUUAGCCUGCAUGGGAGGGGUCUCCGUCAGAGAUUAUUAUGGGCCUGCAAACAAAGCACAGCAGCCCAUCUUAUCAUUUGUAUUUUUAUUCGUCCCAAAGAAGAAUUAAAACCCUUUUUUUAUUUUGUUCACUUCUCAAUAAAUCAAGUAAGAUUUGUCGCUGGAAGGUUUUUAAUACUUGUAUGUCAAUUUUAGGGAUGAAAAUAAUAAAAGAAACUCAUGAAAAUCCACACAAUUCCAAAAGGAUGCUGCCAUCGAAUACGAUUCAGUCACACAAAGCAAAGUAGAUGCACGUGGUUUGUCUUUGGGGAUAAACAAUGGAAAUCAUUAUCUGUGAGGCAGACAGGAUAUUUCAAAAUAAAGUACCCAGGGUUUUAUGUCCACAGGCUCUCUCCUGCACUUUGACCUUAGAAGUAUUUGUGACUUGUAACUGGCGGACUUGUUUCUGAAGCUGGAACUGCGUUUGCUUGCCGUGGCGGAUCCAGUCCAGACUAGUUGUUGAAAAGUGUACAUAAGUGUUUCGACAAGAGUACACUUGUAUGGUGUUAGCCGGAGGUUUGGAGCGAAAACAAUCGUAGGAUGGUUCCUUGCUGACCCGACGGCCAAAGCAGCGCCCCGUCCUCCCACCGAGGGCGCCUUCAUAGCUCCCGGGCCCACUUCCUGUUUGCUCCUGAAGCAGAGUGCACUCCCUGUGUGUGCUUUAAUAUGGGUAACCCAAAAUGGAAACACUGUAGUAGUAUUCAGCAAAGUUACUUGGUUUCAUCUCCCGCUGGGCCGUGACGGUGCAGCCUUAGAGUGAAACAUAGCAACGCUCUGUGUUCUGUGAACAUUGGCCGCAGAGAGACUGGCACGGGACAAUGCUGCUAGAAACUUGUAUCUUAUUUUGAAAACCACACACAGCGACGUGUCAGCGAGGGGAAGAAAAGCACAGUAUUUUUCAAGAUUUGUAUAGAGUUCUAUGACAUUUUAUAGAGAUUAUCUAAAAAAAUAUACAUAUAUAUAUAUAUCUACAUAUAUAUAUAUAUAUGUCCGGCGCCGAUGUGUGGGUUUGCCAAAUACAGAAAUAUAUAUAGAUACAAGCGUGGAUAUUAUUAUUAUUAGAUUUAUGGGUUAUGUAAGAAGCAAUAUUUAUUCUGAAUGAACCUCCUUUGUUGUGUUUUAUUUUCCCAUUUGAAAGUGACAUAUCACAAUAUGAUGACUUGUCUGUGUUUCAAUGAACUGUUGCCUAAACACUACAGCACUGCAGCACACUACUACACUUGUAGAUUGGCCACAAAAACCAGGUUUCUUCUGACCGAUACUUGCCUAACUGUCAUCAUCCUAUCAAUCCCUGACUCGAGAGAGUGCAACUUGUGUAUAAAAGAAGUUCAAUCUGUACAUUUCUAUCAUGUCUGCUGGCCAUCUUAGUAGGAAAGUCAAAGAAACCGAAGCUCACGGACGCUACGGCUGUGUCUCACAUCGCACACUUCCGUGUUUCGUGCCCACUUCCGGCAAAACACCCAAAAUGGUGAGUGCACAACGACGGACUCGAACCACAGGAAAUGAAGGAGUCGUUCCGGUCCGUUUAACUCGUUCAUUACUGAUCGCGCGAGCGCUAGCUAAAAUAAAAAAGAAAAGCGGUUAACAUGUCAUUAAUUGGCCGACUCCUAGUCGUAACUGCAUCUGUAUACAUGUGUUAGCCUCGUGGAAAAGCAACAGGGCUCGACAAAAAGAACAAAUCACUCGCGCACUAACUCACCCUCACAUGCGCGUUUGCGCUUGAGCGACUCGAGUACCCGAUUCACUGCCGGUAGUGACUUCAAAACGAGUCGGUGAAAGGAAUCAAGUUUCCCAUCACUGCUCAAUAGUCGUCAUCUUGGCCACGUAGCGGCGGAAGGUAGAGUUGAGUGAUACAGCAAACGUUAGUAUCGAUUUGAUACAGGUGGUAGUGGUACUUUUUACUUUUUUUAAGAUCAUCGAAUAAUUUUGUGAUUUUUUUUCCUUAAGGUUGUUGAUUGUGAUGAUUAUAAUCAGAAUAAAACACAGGACAAGUAUAUAUAUAUAUAUAUAUAUAUAUAUUUAUCAACAACCUUAUUACAAACAACAAAUAUUACAAAAUAUAAAAAUCAUUCCUUUUUAUUACAUUCAAUUGUGCAGUGUUGUUACAGUGGGUCCCCACACAUUCUCGAUUUAACAUUUACGGCACUGCUGAUGUUUAUUCCUCAAGUGUUGACAUUUUGCACUUUGUUCAGCGGUCCUCGAAUGCACCAAAGUUUGUUCGGGUAUGGAAGCGUUCAUUAGUGGUGAGUAGCGAUGCAUUUUAUACUUGAAAUGUGUUUCAUACGUGUGUGAGGCAUAUUUAGGGCUUAAACAAUGGCAAUUGAAGAGAUAAGGGGAGGGUUUCUGGAGCUGAAUCAAAUCUGAUCAUUACAACAGUCUCUUUUAUCACAACUGUUGGGGUGGGGGACGUCCGAAAUAGACAUUUUGGGCAGUAACUGCAAGUAACUGCAGUGCACGCGAACCAAAUAAAGCCAAGUAUAAAAAACGGAUAUUGUCUGUCAUUCAAAACCUUUGUGGUUUUGCUUCACACACGUAGGAAACACAUUUAAAGUGUCAAAUGUGUAGGUCGGGGUGUCCAAACUUUUUCCAGUGAGUGAAAAAUGAAAGUAUGCAAGGGACACGUUGAUGUUUUGUAAAGCAACACAAGCAGACAUGCUAACACUAAAUGUAGUUCAAGAAAAAAGCUGCAUCUCAGCUUUGUGAUAUCGCUGAAAACGCAUAUUAGUAGUAUCGGCUUCACUCUUUUGCUCCUUUAUCUUAGCUUUGCUGUAGGUUUUUCACUUUUUUUUUCAAAUAUUUCAACAUUCCUCUUCAAUAAACUUAAUACAAUUUCUACUGGUAAUAUUAUGACUUAAUCGUCAUAACUAACUCAUUCAAGUUUGAAUUGAAUGAUUUUUUAAUUACAACUUUAUUUAGUUUUGUUUGUUUCUCAUAAUAUUAUCUUAUUAUAAUACUUUUUAAAAAUAAUACUUUUUAAAAAUAAACAUUUUUUUUUAAUAUUUAAACUUUGUGUAACUAAAAUAUUUGUAUAUAUUUUUGUCUCAUAAUAUUAUGAUGUUAUUCUUGUGAAAUUGCGACAUUUUUCUCCUUACAACACAACUUUUUUGUCUUAAUAUUUUGACUUAAUUCUGUUAAAAUUGCAGCUGUUUUUUUUCCAUUUCUGCCCUUGUUUUUUUUUUUAUCCGACUAUUUGAACUUUCUGCUUGUAAAGUUUCUCCUUGUAAUAUUAUGACUCCGUCGCCAGCAUAUUUUGUCUUUAUUCCCAUAAUAUUACAACUUUUUCCCCAACCUAACUUUCCAGACGUUUUUUUUUUUUUGUUUCUCAUAAUAUUACAACUUUACAAAAGUUUUUUUUCUUAAAUAUUUCAUAUUUUCUCAUUACGUUGUUCUCGUUUUUUUUUUUUAAUUGUUCAAUUACAACUUUUUUCUGUUAACAUUUUGAUUUUAUUCUUGUAAAAUGACUGCAGAUUUUUCCAUUUUUUCUGCUGUUGUUUUUCAUUUUCUUGUUAAACUACAUUUAUGAAAUGUGCUGCGGGCCAAUAAAAAAACAGCCGUGGGCCACAAAUAGCCCCACUUUGGACACCCCUGGUAUCGGUAUAGGUAUCCUCACCACUAACGAAUGAUAACGUAAGAUGAUCCAUGAAUUGAUGGAAUGGGAGUCAUGGUGUAGCCAGUCAACAGCAAACAAUGCGGUGCGUUCAAGGACCACCAAACAACGUGUGAAAUCUCAACACUUGAGGAAAAAACAUUAUCAGUGAAGCAUCAAGACACAAUUGUGGUAUUUUUAGCACGUAUGCUGUACAUUUUACCUUUAUUAUCACAUAUGAGUAAAUUAUUACCGAGUUUGGGUGAACAAGAUGUGUUUUCUGGCCUAUUUUUGGAGGAAAAAUAAAUAAAUAAACUUAUUUUUGGACCUUAAAUGGGUGAGUAUGCGGGAAUCCACUGUAUACUUAUUGAGGGGUACCGAGGGAAGUCGUGGAUUUGAGACACAGCCUAUGACUUGUGGCUUUGUAGGUCUGCAGGUCACCACGUAGUCGUUUUUGUAGUGUAAAAAAACAGAGCUGAGUAGAUGUAGUGAGAAGGGUCACCGUGUUUCGGACAAGCAUGGCUCACUAAAAGUCCACGAAACCCUUUUCUAAUCCACUUUUCUCAUUGUCCGACUUCUUUUGCUUUCAUGACUAGAAUUUGAUUCUUGAAGUCUUCAUAGAGACUAAGAUGUUUUGUGCAAAGACUUGUGUUCAUGUUUUUCUAUGUUGCUGUAAUUUUGUGCUUUGAGAGUCACCACAACUAAUUCUUGAAAUGAAGAAGAGAGAGAAAGUUCCUGUCUUGCACUCUUCAUUCCCUCCUUGGCCCUCAAAUCCUCAACAAUUCUUGUAUGGCAACCAAAAGUCACUGUAAGAAAUAAAUAUCAUCUUGCACUAGUC